AGUUAGUUGUGGAGAUAAAUUGUUUAAAGACAGCAAGUGAAAAAGUGUCCAAAGAAAAUGUUUAAGUAUCUGAUUCUCGUUGCUACCUUCAUUCCUGCCAUCUUUGCCACAGAAGGGCUUAUGCAAUGCUCAGGAGGGCAUGAAGCACCACUUGAAGUCAUCGUCGAAGGAUGCGAUCAAGCUCCCUGUGAUAUUCAACUUGGAUCAGACGCUAUUAUGAGAGUUACUUUCUUUGCUUACCGAGAUAUCGCUACGUUUAGUCCAAGAACCAUUGCUUUCCUUGGUCCCAUCCCAAUUCCAUACGAACUCCCACCAAACGUUAGAGACACUGCCUGCGAUAACCUCGAGGGCGCUGAAUGUCCUAUUGCAGCUGGUUCUACUGUUGUCUACGUGUUCCGUUUCCCUGUUGGACCUAAUUAUCCCCCAACAAACAACCUUCAGAUUGAACUCUCUCUCAUGGAAGACGACAGUCUCAUCAAUUGCAUCCGUGUACCUAUUAAUGCCGUCAAUUAAAAUUUUUUUCUCAAGUUUUGUAAUACAUUUCCAUAACUCCUCUACUUCUUUUAGAAGCACACAAUUUUGUAAAUAAUAAAUAUGAUUAUAUAAUACCAAAAGAAA